CCGUUAUUUGCAUGUUGCAAUCCGUUUUUCGUCUAGUCACUUUUCUCAGCGACUCAGCUGCGUUAUUACUUGUUUUAAGACCAGCAUUUUCGCAUGAUAUAUUUAUUCAACGUGUUCUGAGUUAUAAUUUUAAAAUAGUACUCCAAUAAUAACAAAAUUGAUACAAGUGUAUACAAGUUUCCGUCGUGAUAUAAUUAAAAAUCCUUAAAUAUGGAUACAUCGUCUUUAGAUUCAAGUAAUGACUUUUUGAUUGAAAAUGAAACUAAUUUGGAAAUUAAUACAUGUAAUAUUUGCAAGAAUGAGUAUAUGUGUCCAAGGGUACUGAACUGUUUGCAUGUAUUCUGUGAAAAAUGUAUUUUACAACUUGUAAAUGUUAACUCAAUGUUUAGUGUUCUUAACAUAAUAUGUCCUACAUGCAGUCAACCAACAACUACUCAAUUAAAUCGUGGAACUUUGACAUUACCUCAAGACUAUGUGACUAGGGAUAUUCUUGAAGUUGAAAUGUUAAAAACCCAUAGACUAGUUUGCAAAUCUUGUAGAGAUAAUAAAGAAGCAACUCAUAAAUGUAUUACUUGCUGCAAUUUUUUGUGUUCUGGUUGUGAAAGUAUGCAUAAGAUGCUUGUGACGCCUGGACAGUAUCAUUAUAUGGUAUCCAUUGAGGAAAUGAUUCAGAGUGCUCAGGAUAAAACUGCUCUACAUAAAAUGGUUUUAUGUGAAAAACAUAAUAAUGAACAAAUGGUGUACUAUUGUAACACUUGUAAUGAGUUAGCUUGUACUAAAUGUCUCAAUAUACCUUCUCCAAGGACAUGCCAACAUAGUUAUGAUAGUCUUUCCAAUGCUUAUAAAAAAUAUGGAACCGAGUUAGAGUAUUUAGUACGCGAAAGUAAGAAUGUUAUGAAAAAUGUUUCAACUUUACCAGCUACUUUAGAAAAAGCACUGGACAAUUUACAAACUUCUCAUGAUCAUGUAAAAUCAAACGUGGAAGAAACUUUUCAUAGUUUUAAAGCUAUAUUAGAUACAUGUAAAAAUGAGGUAUUAGUGCAGCUUAAAUCCUCCCAAAAGCAACAAGAAUUAAAAAUAAUGGAUAAAUUUGAAGAAGUGAAGAAAAUCACUGACAACAUCAGUGGAGUGCAACAAUUUGCUACACGUCUAUUAGAAAAUGGAAGUGAAUCUGAAAUUAUGGCAUUAAAAAAAUUAAUUUUUACUCAAAUGCUUCAGCUAUUUGGUCAAAUACCAGAUGUUGAUGUGGAUGCUAAACUUAUGUAUUCUCCUGAUAUUAGUGGAUUUGAAAAUCAUUGCCGAAAAUAUUUUGGCCAAAUUGAAACAGAACAAGGGAUGAAUGUUGCAGUUGCACCUAUCUCUCCACCUACUCCAAGAACCAAUUUUUUAACUGACCGUGUGUUUCCUUCACCUAUGUUGUCACCAAUGGUCGAUUCACAGAUAUUUGAUUUAAACUUAGCUCGCUUAUGUUCAUUAAAUGUUGAUGAUAAUCCUAUUUUAUCAACAAUGUCAUCUCCUGAUUCAUUGGGUGAUUUAUUGAACACACCAACUAGUUUGGAUGGUAAUUUUGCGUUGAAUAACUUACAAGCACUUGCUAAACUAGAUAAUUUGAAUACCAACAAUAACAAUAAUAGUAUGCUUCAAAGCCUGAUGAGUCCAUUAGUUUUGAAUCAAUCUGGCUUAGAUCCAUUUUCUGUUGGUAGUGUGUCAUCUAUGAGUUCUCCUACAACUACUUUAUCUCCUGAUAUUUAUGGAGUAGCUACUAAUUCAAGUUGGUACAGCAAAGAAAGAAGAGCUCCACCAACUCGACCAAAACGUCAUUCUAGUAGGCCUAGCAUGGAUAUAGUAGCAAAAUUUGGUCAGAUGGGGAGUGGUCUUGGACAAUUCCAUUCACCUCAUGGCUUUUGUCUUAGUCCUACAGAAGAUAUUGUUGUUGCUGAUACGCACAACCAUCGGAUUCAAGUAUUUGAAAAAGAUGGUACUUAUAAGACUGAAUUUGGCAGAGAAGGGAAAGAGGAUGGAUACUUAUUUUAUCCUAGAAAAGUGGUUUUCUUAAACCAUAAUCAAAUAGUUGUUUGUGAUCGUGGUUCUGAUCGAUCCAGAGUACAGAUAUUUGAAUAUCCUACGGGUAAAUUUAUAAAAAAGAUUCAGGUUCAAUUUAUUGAAAUUGUUGCUGGAGUGGCUGUGACUGCUAAUGGACAUCUUGCACUGGUUGAUAGUGUACACCCUACAGUAUUUGUUUUAAAUGUAAAUGAAGAUAACGGUAUAAUGAAAUGGUUUGAUUGUGCUUCAUAUAUGGAAGAACCAUCAGACAUUAUUGUCAGAGAUGAUGAUUAUUAUGUUUGCGAUUUCAAAGGACACUCAAUUGUAGUGUUUAAUGAUGAAGGUGUGUGUUUAAGACGUAUUGGUGGUGAAUACAUCACUAGUUUUCCGAAUGGCAUAGAUAUAUCGGAAAAUGGAGAAAUAUUAGUUGGAGAUUCUCAUGGCAAUCGUUUCCAUGUUGCUGUUUUUUCUCAUGAUGGCACUCAUUUAACAGACUUAGAGUGUCCUUAUAUUAAAGUGUCUCGUUGUUGUGGGUUGAAAAUAACUAGUGGUGGUCAUAUUGUAACUUUAGCAAAAAAUAAUCACCAUGUUCUUGUUUUGAACGCAACUGUGUAA